UGAUCUAGAUGACAAAAAUACCUCUCAUUUAAACUCACAUCACGCGCGGAAGUCUCAUCUUUUGAAUCGCAGUACUAAGCCAAGGCAUGGGCGUUGUCAUCUACACAAAGCGUCAGGAUGAGGUCAGGGUGACAAACUGCUGUGCUCCAAAGCCUUAUCUGGAGCUGCAGCUUCCAGGAGACGCCGCAAGGAUAGAAAGAAUAACCGUCACGCUGUCAUCUCGGGACCAAGGCUUCUGUGACGACCAGAGUAUGGUUGGCCACGGAGGCUACACCUGGUUUGAGCUGAACAUAGAGACCAAUGGCGGACGCAACAACAUCCCACGAAGAUGUUUCUAUCGAAACCCGGCUGGCAUACCGGCGUGGUCCGAGUCGCGAUCGGUUUUGGAUUGCACUCAGGAACACGACGAAUUGUGGAACUAUGCUACCGCGAUCAAGCCGUACGAUGUUAUCCAGCUCAUACCCCGGGCUCAAUUCAGUGGAUGGACGAACUUCUUACGCAAAGCGAAAUUGAAGAUUGAAUACAGUACUCAUCAACUACAACCAAGCGACAAGUCCAAGUCCGUUUUCAAGUAUCAGGGGCUCGACAAGGGCGACAAGAAGAGCACGCGCCUUCUGGACCUCCGUCCUGGCGAGCUGAGUGAUCCUAUCGUUGUAGCACUGAAGACGUGUAUAAUGGGUCAAGAAGAAGGACCUGAUCCUCCGUACGAGGCUCUGUCCUACUGUUGGGGGGAGCCCGACAGCAGCUCAAAUGGACUUCUCCACGUACUUGAUGAAGCGGGAAGUACAAGUGUUGCAUAUGUAUCGCACAACCUGUUCCAAGCGCUCCUGCAGUUGCGCCACACCACCACGAACCGACUGUUGUGGGUUGACCAAGUAUGCAUCAACCAAGCCGACCAGCAGGAGCUGUCAGAACAAGUCGGUAUCAUGAGCACUAUCUAUAGUCAGGCUGAACGCGUCAUAAUCUGGCUUGGCGAUGGCGACCCAGAAGUGGAGCGAUCGAUUGAUGUGGUCAACAGUGUGUUCCCACAUUACCAGCAGCCCACGGUCGAAGAGCUUCGGCUUGGGACAUCCAGAGGACAUCUUCCAAAUGUUGAUGUUCAUAAUCUACCGGUGGCUGAGGUCACUGUGCUACUCUCGCUGCCCUGGUUUUGGAGGGUAUGGGUAGUUCAGGAGGCAGUCCGCGCAGCAGAACGCACGUUCAUGUAUGGGCAACGCACCCUAGACUGGGAUACCAUACAGAAAGCAAACUUGUGGACCAUAUUGGACGGCUUCGAAAUGCCAGGUAAGCAGCAUAUCGUGCUGCCCUACAUUUGGUCGAGCAUGAAAGUCGAGGAUCAGCUCCCAGGGGAUCCAUCUGUCGAUGUCAUUUCUAGUUCCCGUCACGACAGAUGGAGCCUAGGGCUUGAUCUGUUUACUAUGUUCAUCCGCGGCCUGGACCUGAGGGCAUCUGAUCCCCGAGACCAUAUCUUUGGACUCUUCGGUCUCUGCAGCGAGCUCAGUGAGACAUGCAUGUCGCCGCUGAUUGUGCCUGACUAUUCCAAGUCUGUGAGUGCAGCAUUUAUCGAUUUUACCUUGCGGUACAUUGAGCACGAUCUCCGUGUUCUUUCAGUCAUACAUGCGCUCAAAGGGCGUACCUGGCGAGCUCUCGGAGCCGAACACACGCCUUUCCGUCCGACUAGCUUACCCGGGAGACCUCAUGAAUACCCUCCGGCCAGUCAUCCUACAUGGGCUCUCUGGCACAACGGCACAACAGAAUGGGCCAACGAAGCACUCGGUCUAUCUGACAUGUACCACGUCACGGGAGACUCCAAACUACGAAAGCCUGCCUACCACGACAACGAUCGCACACGUUUGACCCUGUCAGGGCACUGUCUAGGACGACUGAUUAGUAUCGGGCCAUACCGUAUUCCUUCCGACUCUGCGACCGACAUAUCAGUUGCAUACACUCGCAUCUUCAACAAACUCACCAAGCGCGCAUUCCGCACCGUGUCAGGGCACGCUGAUCCUCAUGCUGGCUCACAUGCGCCGCAAGAUCCUGCCAUGCACUGGUAUGCGCACUAUGGAGAAACUGGACUCCCGGAGUCGCUUCCAUGUGCCAACGACUGCUAUUUCCAGGCAACGAACGGGCUGGCCGGGUUAUGCCCUGCGGGGACUAUGUCCGGCGAUGUAGUGGUGAUUCUGUAUGGAGGGUCUGUUCCGUAUCUCCUCCGCGAUACGGACGUCAGUGGGGAGUACACGUUCGUUGGAGAGUGCUUUUUGGAAGGGAAGAUGGAUCAGAAUCUCCUUGCGCCUUUCGAGGAGGCAGGAACUGAACCGGGGGACUUUGUUCUGGUGUAGACUCCACGCGCGAAUGCCAAUGAUCAGCUAAAUUUAUCGGCACGAGCAAGAAUCUAAUCCAGGUC